UCGAGCCCCUCGCUAGGGUUUCCCUCACCCUCCCUCGCAGUCCAAACCCAAUCAGAAAUCUCAAGCUUAGCACAGAAGCAAAACAAUGGCGGAGCAGACCUUCAUCAUGAUCAAGCCCGACGGCGUCCAGAGGGGCCUCAUCGGCGAGGUCAUCAGCCGCUUCGAGAAGAAGGGCUUCUACCUCAAAGGUUUGAAGCUCCAGAACGUGGAGAAGUCGUUCGCCGAGCAGCACUACGCCGAUCUGUCCUCCAAGCCCUUCUUCGCUGGGCUCGUGGAGUACAUCGUCUCCGGCCCGGUCGUCGCUAUGGUCUGGGAGGGCAAGAGCGUCGUCUCCACUGGACGCAAGAUCAUUGGCGCCACCAACCCCCUGGCCUCUGAGCCCGGCACCAUCCGUGGUGACUUCGCCGUCGACAUCGGCAGGAACGUCAUCCAUGGAAGCGACUCAGUUGAGAGUGCCAGGAAGGAGAUCGCCCUGUGGUUCCCUGAGGGCAUUGCCGAGUGGAGGAGCAGCCAGCACAACUGGAUCUACGAGGCCUAAGAUGUGUCAUGAGUGGUUGAGUGCAGGUUUCGCAAAGCAUCUACCAAACUAGUCUUUGGUUGUUUACAGUUUUGAGAUUUGUAUCUCGGGAACCUUGUUUGUGUGAACUGAAGUUAUCUCCUUGUGCUUGAGCAUGCAAGUGGUAUCUGCUGCUCUAUAUUUACUAUAUGGUAUUGAGUUGCAUUUCAUGUUUUGGUUGUGGCUUUGCCAUGAUCUUU